AUGUCUUGGAAUGAUUUCAUCCAUACAACUAGGAAUAUUAUUUCAAAAUCACCAAAUAAAACAAGAUAUGUUAUAAAAUUACAUAGGCCAUCUGAAACAAUUAUACUGAAAGUUACUGAUAGUAAAAAUAGUAUAAUGUAUAGAUUAAGUAAAAGUGACAACUUAAAAAAAUUAGAAGAAUUAAAUUCUCUUUUUUUAAUAUGGGGAACGAGUGAAAAUCAGAAUGAAACAUUACCAUUAAAACUUAAUAAAACCAUAGAUAAAGCGUCUAAUGAUCAAAAAGUGAAAAAAGUUAAAUAA